GAUACAAGACCAGACUUUACACAGAGUCCAGCAUACCAAUUUCCCAGUGCAGAUAAUGCUCAACCCAGUUUCCUCCCCCCCCUGAAGGACAUUUCCAGUACAAGUGGUGUGCAAUCCAGAGAGCUGUACUGAUCAGAAUUUCAUGAAGUCAAAUUCAUGGUGCAUGACUCCAUUCAUUACCAGCACUGUCACAUUUAAUGGGCUGAUUUUGUGAGACCAUCUGGCACCACAUAUGUGCAGAGACAACUUCAUGUUCAGGUCGCAAAAGCAGUGCAGGGACCAUAAAAUCCUCAAACACGAUUUGGCCAGGUCCUUUCCAGUGCAAGACCUCAUGCCAAUUUUCAACUCCUUUUCGAAAACAGGUCACAGUCCAAUCUUCCUGCUGCAGAGCAUCUCCAGCAGAGCUAGUACCAAACAAUCCUGACCCUCCACUGCAAUUCAGAACAGAAUACAAUGAAGGCAACGCCUGUCAGUGGCACAAGUGCUAAGUCAACCUGGCAGCAACUGGGCGUCUAUCGCAUGAAACACUGCCUGUCAUGUACAAAUUCCUGCAAGCAAACCUGCUAAGCACCCAUCUAGUAAUGCAAGCUUCAGCUUUGCAAAUUCCUGGCGUAUCAACUACGCUACCAAAAGAGGCUCCCAAGAUACAGUCUUCCUUGCAAGCAGUGAGACAGCAAGCACCGAAACAAUAGCCAGACUGCAGC